UUCUUCAAUUUUAAAUUUAUCUAUUAAUAGUAGUAGAAAAAAAUUUAUUCCACAGGAUUUACCUACUCCUGAUAGCAAUAAAAAUGAUUAUGAAUAUAUGAUCAAAUUGUAUAUAUCAACAACUUUACAGAACGAGAUACAAGUACGACAACAACUUAAACGUUAUGUACAAGUCCCUCAAGUUGAAGAAUCUUCUCCUCCGCGUAUACAAUCUAAUAACGCAUUAUUAGAUGAUGUCAAUUUCACGGGACAUUUAGUAAAUUUGUAUUUUAAGAAUUUUCAUCCUUUUUUACCCGUAUUACAUAAGGCUUAUUUUAUGGAAAGAUUUAACGAUAAGAACAAAUUAAUGUCGCCGCUCUUAUUAAAUGCUGUAUGUGCUAUUGGUUCAAGUUAUACCAAUAAUCCAAGUGCUAGACAAGAUGGUAAUAAUCCAUAUACAGUUGGUCUAGCUUUCUAUGAAAGUGCUCAAGAUAUGGUAAAACAUUAUUUUGAUCUUCCUCGCCUCAGUACAGCUACUGCACUCUUCCUUUUGGGUAUAUUUGAUGCAUUACGUAGCCUAAGAAGCCGUAUGUAUGUCGGUAUGGCAACAACAUUAGCCAUUACAAUGAGAUUUCAUGAUAAAAAUGCAUUUCCUGAAACUUUAUCUGUCUAUGAGAGAGAAGCAAGAAAAAGAGUAAAUAAAAAGAAUUUUCUUUUUCUUCUUUAUUUUUAAGGUUUAUUAUUUUUCUAAUUUAUCUAAUUUCUUUCUUUUUUUUUUUUUUUUUUAAAAAAAAA